AUGAACAAUGCUCGCCCUUCGCCCACAACAUCGCCCCCGGCCCCUGGUUUUGGGCACCCACCUGGCCCGAGCGAUGCCCAUGACACCAUCGCCCCGUAUCCAUCGCCUUCUAGUCGCCAGCAACGUCUUCUAAAGCUGCGCAAUGACAAUUUCUCCGCGAAGUCGUCGUUGUCCGGGACAGUCCUCAAUUCCAGGCUUUCAGGCCUGACGGCCGAGAACGGAUCACCACCACAGAGGAACCAAGAGAACGUCGUCGUCGCACAUCCCAGGGUUCAGCCUCGCAAAUACCACACCACAUCCUCCCUCGGCAUACUCGCAGAGAUCUCUAAUUCGGUUCGAAGCGCAUCAUUGGGAGUACGUCAACGGGAGCUGCUAGGCCGGCAGGCAAUUCCCAUAUUCCAGGACAAUCCGGAGAGGGGUCUGCUUGAGCCCUCGCCAACGACCUCCCCACCUGUGUACAGAAAUUCGUUGUCCAGUCCAGUUGAUUCCCCUUUUCGUUUCGAGCACAUCCAAGAUUCAUUCACAAUGGGCCUUAGAGAGGUCUCCGGAAAUGCGCGCAAGUCGCCUUUGACCGACAACCCACUUGGGACCAAUGAUAGCAAAUCGAUCCGUCGCCGCAAGACGACUACGACCUCGCGCUUCAAUUCAGAAGAGUACAUUGAUCGCAUCGAGAAAGAGCUCGAGCUGGCCAACAACUCAGUAUAUUCGCCUAACAGUAAUCGCUCAUGGAAGGACAAAUUAAAACAAGCCGAGCAAGAGAAUGAGCGGCUUCGACAAGAGCUCGCAGACGUCAAGACGACCUUCGAAACUGAGGUCCAGACGGCUGUACAGCACAAAACCGCCGCAGAGCUCGCUCUUAGGAGGAAGAUUCGGGCUCUUGAGGAUGAGGUCGAGCAGAAGAAUAGCACUAUUCGCGAGAUUCAAUCACAGCGGGUGCAUGAACACCCGGAUCAAGGCAUGUUCGACACUCUGCGAGCUACCAUUGAGAGGCUCGAAGCAGAAAACCAUAGUCUGGAACAAAGCAACGAGACACUUCGACCUCGAGGCUCCGCGCAGACUAUCGAAAAGCCAGCGUCCCCAGUCACUGCUGCUACCUCGGGUGGCUUCAUCUCCCACACAUACACAUCCACAACGGCCGCGCAGCCUCAUAGGCUCGCCUGCGUCAAAUCAUGCCUUAAGCUCGUCCCGAUCUAUGCAGACUGGCGCCCGACAUCCGAGCAACCUCCCGCAUCGUCCUCGGUCGACCCCAGCGGCAAGCCAAAUCCGAACCGGAGGCGGCGCAGAAUGCACGGAUCAACGCAGCUGAAGCCAUUGUUGCUACCUACACUGACGAGCGAAUAUGGUGCCUUGAGCACCACGACACCAGUGGUGUCUCCCAGCAAGACGCCGAGACGAGAUUUCUCCGAAGAGUCGGCCGAUCCGACUACCAUGUUCAUCUCGCAAUCGCCGGCAAGCUACGACUUCGACGGGGAGAGCGUUCUCAGCGAUCCAUACGCGGAGUCAGCGAGUAAGACAACAGCUCGGAGUCUCGCAUAUCAAAGCCUUGAGGGUGUAUUGGAUGGCAGCGAUGACACCACAGCGCGUGAUACUGAUGCCGGCCAGUCGUAUUUCGGCUUCAUCAGUAACACAGCUCGUGCCGGCUCCUCGGUAAUCUCACCGCGCAGCGGCUACGCGUUGGAUGGACUGAGAAGCCCGCGCUCGAUGUCUUCGGGCGAAGAUGCCGAUAGUACCCUCAUGCCCAGAUAUCAUCAGUCAGCUCCCGGCGACGGCCCUAACGAUGGACCAGGGCAAUUGAUUUUGUACUCAUCUCCUGGCGAAGUCUCAGGUGUUGAGAUUCCGGAGCCCUUGUUCUCUACAUCCAUGCGGCAAGCUGCGCCCACCGAUGAGCCAAUGCUGCCCUCAUUGAGCGCCCACGACGAUAUCGACAACCAUGGUCUGCCGGUCUUGGCCGGCUACGCUCGAAAGCGUCGGAAGAUGAGCUCAGCCUUCGAGGCCCAUGAUGAAAGUCAUAUUGACAAGGACAAUGAUGUGGCAGCUGAGGCUGAACCGACUGCUCUGCCCGAGACUACGGACAGAGGCACUGAUGCAAGAUCUUUGAGUGGCACCGAAACACCAAUGGUCCGAUCGAGGCCGACAUCUAUGUCUCUGUUGUCGCCACGUCGGUCUAGGACUCCGUUGGAGCUGCUCUCGCGCAAGAACUUUGGCGUCAAGCCAAUUGCUGUGGUCACUAUCAAGACGAUUUACGGGACGCUAUCAAGGUGCACGACUAUGAUGCGAGACUUUAGAAGAGAUCCCCUUGCUGUUGCUCGACGGGUAAUUGCAAAUGCCUGGCGCUGCAAUUGGGCGGUCCUUGGCAAGCUAAGCUGGUGGGUGCUGGGCCUGUUUCUUGGUUCUUCGACUAAGGAUCGAGAGCAAGACUGGGACUGGGAUGACUUCGACGGCGAGGCGAUCGCGGACCGACAUUGUGGAGCAAGCUCUGAAGCACGGCAGCCUCUCCUCCAGGAGCAGAGUGGUGACUCGCAAGAACGUAGGGUUCACUUUGAUGCUGACAAUGCAAGUGCUGGUGAGCAUGUUCCAAGUCCGCCUCAAGAGAGCCGAAAGCCUGGCUGGGGCAAGACCGUCAUGCUAUGGGGCAAGUUCAGCAUGGCAAUAAUGCUGGCCGUUGGUGGAGCAGUCGUGAAGGGUCCCGGAGAAAUGCUCAAGGAAAGCGAUUUGGACUCCGCUUCUAGCAGAGGCCGGAAGGGGCAUCGCCGAGUAAGUGUCCACAAUGGCGAUGAUGCUUUGGGCGACGUGUCUGCCACGAGCGUCGAACUUCAGGCAGUCUCGCCAGAUUCUGCAACUAGCAGUUGUCGAAAACGGCGGAUGGCUAAGCCAUCGCUGUUCUCGCCUCCGCCCUCUGCACGAGCCGUAUUGUCACAGGAGCUGGACAUGGAGCACUUCUCUUCUUCGCCACCAGCGAGUUCGUCUCCUUCGCUUGGUUCGUUCCGCUUCGGCAGGGGCCAGCGUUUCGAUUUUGCUAUGGACGAUGACUUAAACAUGGACGUCGAGGUAGAGACACUAAAACCUCGCAGAUCUGCUAGAUCACGUCUCGACAAUGUCUUUGAGCCAUCCAACACGACGAAGGCAUUCGAACGAGGCAAGCACGGGCACCACGAAUAUGAUCCGGCCAGCGCUGGACUUGGAGCAUUCGAUUCUACCCGUCCACUCCCGAUAGCCUGA